AUGGCUGAGAAAUCUUGUGUCAAGCGACUCCAGAAGGAAUAUAGAGCUCUCUGUAAAGAACCAGUCUCUCAUGUUGUUGCCCGUCCUUCCCCAAGUGACAUUCUUGAAUGGCGAUGUGUUUUUGCUAUGAAGACGGACACCAGUCCUACCACAGGAAGUGUGAACACUACUGCUGCUGAGAAGCGGCGCCUAGCAAAGGACUCUCUUGCCUUCAAUUGUAAGAAUGUUGCAUUCAGGAAAUUGUUUCCCGAGUAUGUAGAGAAGUAUAACAAGGAGAAGCUUGUUUCGGAGCAGGUAUCAUCUCAGGUUUCGCAAGAAGAUAAAUCCAGACCCAAAUUGGAAAAACUUGGUGAUUCUUCAGUAGAAGAUGCAAAAGGAGAAACCAUGAACAAAGCUCCCAUAUACCAAAACUACGAGGCAAGCAAUUAUGGUGCCUACGAAUUUGAUCCUCAAGUUGAUUUUACACAGUUCUUGGAAGAAGCAAGACAACAUGCAAGAGAAAUGAAUCUACAGUCCUCAUUACCACUUUCAGAAUCUGGAAAAGGAAGAGUGAAAGAAGAGAAGAAAAGCAGGAGUUCCUGGAAACAUUCUCUCCUCAAAUGGUGGAAAGCUGAGAAAAAGACCAAGCCUAUCGUUGAACAAACAAAUAGCUCUCACAUUUCAAAUCCAAGAAAGGGUCAUGUUUCUGGUCCUAUAUUUGGGAGUGGCAGAAGAGUCGAUGCAAAGCCUCUGCGACAAGCAUCUGGACCGCUGGCUAAUCUUUUCAGCCCUUCAAAGAGGGUGGAGAAUGAGAUACCUUAUAUGUGUCUUGACCAGCUUAACAAUCCUCAUGGUGUCAAAGCCUAUGGGCCUGUUUACUUGGUAACAUAG